AUGGCGCUGAAUCGGUAUGCAUUGGCCGCCGGAACUCGGCCCAUGGAAGCUUCUAUUUUACGGCGUAGUCAACCGACAUAUACAAUUAAUGUUCUCAUGAGCACUGCGAAGCAAGGAAGCAAUGUAGUAGGAAGGAAAGAUGUACCAGAAAAAAUUGGAUUUUUUACGAAACUGAAAUGUCGUUUUCAAGGAAUCCCGCUGAAGGAUGAGACGCAUGCUCCGAUAUCCUUUAUGAGGGAUAUCGGGAAACAGUAUAUUCCCCCACCUCUACCAGAGAUACCAAAAGAUUUCAAGGAAUAUCCGGAACGUGAUUUGGUGAAUUAUCCAUAUCCUGUGAAGCGUAUGUAUCCGCCGAAAUUGCGACUUCUGAUCGUGCCAGACAAAUUUAUGAAUGAUUUCCAUAAAUACACCGGGACAUCUGGGCCAUAUGUAUUCUUCGCGAUGCUUUAUGCAUUUCUGCAUACGAAGGGGCUAUUUGAGAUUGCCCACGAUAGAAUGAAGAUCUUGGUCCUCCUCUUCUACUAUUACAUAUUCUCCAGGGCCUUCAACUAUCGAUGGGACAAAUAUUUCUAUGAAAAUUGUAAAGAAGUGGAAAAGAAAUACCUGGAUAUCAUCGACAAUAACUUCAAAGCAGUUCGAGAAGUUCAGGAGACAUCAAAAGCUGAAAGAAGUGCUUAUGCAGCUGUGAAGGAGUACUAUCCAGCAAUCUUUAAAGAGAAUUUGGCCCUUCAAUUAGAGUCAACUUAUCGAAAAAACGUGGAGAGAUUGACUACUGAGAUGAAACGUCGCCUUGAUUAUUUACAAGAAACGGAAGCUGUAAAAUAUAGUUUCGCUCGUGACCACAUGUUAAAAUGGAUCAUCAAAUCGGUCCAAUCAGAGAUAAUGGAUAAUAAAGAGAACAUUAAGGAAAAAUAUAUGGAUACCUGUAUCGAACAGCUCAAGGGGCUUUCUUUACAACGAUAA